AGAGCGCGUGUCAGGCGCCUGAUGUUUGGGAAGCUGCGGUCUGUGGUGGAGAGCAGCAGCGCUGAAUGGUCAGUUUCAGCGCGUUGUGCGCGAGGAGAGUGAAGUGAGAGCUGCAGGGAGUUUGUGGAGAAUGACGGUCAGCUGACUGAGCUCGGUCUGAAGAGUAGCAGCCGGUCGGUUUGGCGCAGCAUGGCGAGCUCUCAGCUCCGCUACAGCGGGAAGGUGACGGUGGUGACCGGCGGGUCGAGGGGCAUCGGGAGAGGAAUCGUAAAGGUUUUCGUGCAGAAUGGGGCCAAAGUUGUUUUCUGCGCCAAUGAAGCUGCUGCGGGUAAAGCUCUGGAGGCGGAGCUGAAUGAAGCGGGUCCAGGCUGCUGCCUCUUCGUGUUGUGUGACAUGGCGAAGGAAGAGGACAUCAAGAGACUGAUCACAGUGACCGUCGAGCAGUUCGGACAGAUAGACUGUUUGGUCAAUAACGUUGGAUGGCAUCCCCCUCAUAAAUCCACGGAUGAGACCACCGCAGAGGAGUUCAAAGACUUACUCAACCUCAAUCUGAUCAGCUACUUUCUUGCGUCUAAGUUUGCUCUCCCCUACCUGCGCCAAACGCAAGGCAACAUCAUCAACGUCGCCAGCCUGGUGGCCUCCAUUGGUCAGAAGCAUGCAGCUCCCUACGUGGCCACCAAGGGGGCCAUUGUUUCCAUGACUAAAGCCAUGGCUGUAGAUGAGAGCUGCUACAACGUGAGGGUGAACUGCAUAUCUCCUGGAAACGUGAUGACCCCUCUGUGGGAGGAGCUUGCAGGACAAACACCUGAUGCUUUGGCCGUUAUUAAAGAAGGAGAGAACGCUCAGCUGAUGGGUCGGAUGGGGACUGAAGAGGAGAGCGGGCUGAUGGCUCUUUUCCUCGCCGCCGACGCCACGUUCUGCACCGGGAUCGACCUGCUCCUCAGCGGAGGAGCCGAGCUGAACUACGCCUUCAAAAGACAAGUUCCCUAAAUCACCUGUUCUGAUAGUUACCACGGCUGAGCAGUUUAACGGAAUAAUUCUGCCGGAACCCUAACGUUGCUAACAGUAAAUGGAACCACAAUGAAAGAAUCUAGUUAUGAUUAUGGAAAUUAUGUUUGCUGAUCACUACCUACUGCUUUCUAUUCACUGUUAGCCAUGUUAGCAUGUAGGGUCGAACUAAUCCUUUAACCUGCCUCUGAGCCAGUUAAUCUACUGUAUCUUGCUUACAUCUUACUUAUGAAUGUGCCUUAAGUGUUUACCUUUUAAAGAAGGGAACUUCUUUAUGAUCACAGAUGAUUUUUCUAUUAUUAAAGGGACAUUCUGGCCUUAAAACCAGCAUUUAAUGAUAUUUGUAGUGGCAUGGAGUGCAUUACAUUUUUUAUUUUGACCAGAUUUUCCCUUUAAGCAACAACCAGAACAACCAGAAUGGCAUUAAUGAUGGAUAAGUGAGUUCAGCUGCUUUUCAAAACUACUUGAAAAACUUAUUUUUGUAUUUCACUAAAUUGCGUAAUCUGAACGAGUCUUAAUUUUUUACUAAUAAAGUAAAACGUUCAUGUACAUUCCUGAUUUUAAAUAGUGUCUUAUUAGGAAGUCAUGCCAGAAAAGGAUCUCACCACAAGCUCUGCUUUAAAGUCAGCUUCCUGUUCGCCAGCUUCUUGUUCGAUUUUCCCGUUCCACCUUAAAUGGUGCAGCAGUUACAUUCUGGCGCCUGAGGCUUCAGAGGUCAUGUCAGAACAGUAGACUGUUUCAUCAUAAAGACAGAAUCGUCAAGUAGAGGUGAGCAUUAUCAGACUUUUGCAACAUGGAUUUUGUCAUCAAUGUUUAUUUAGAGUUGUUUCAUCAUUUCCACUGAUGUUAGCAAAAGGGAUUUCUGUGACAAAGUGGACAUUUAGGCCGAAUCCCAUUUCUUGUUUUUGUACUGUGCUUGGCCGCUUGUCUAACCAAAUGUUAUAUAUAGCAAGGGUUUUUCACCUCUUAACCUGGGGGUCCCUUUGUGAUCCUGCUGGGGUUGCGAGAGUGGUGCUACAACAACAUAUAUACCUUAUCAAAUAGAGAGGUAAUUAAAUUUGGCGACUGCAUACAUGCCCUGCUGAGUGAAUUCACCUAAAUGCCAUGGACUAAUUGACUAAUGUUGAUGGAUUUCAAUUUCUAUUAAAAUUGAAUAUGAGUUUCA